CCACGCGCGGACAAACUUUAGAGCCGAGAGGAAGAGCAUUAUCUUACAAUGGACUCAGAAACAGCUCACUCAGAAGGCUCAUCACCGAACAAAUCAAACCACUCUAGCAGAGAGGAAACUUCUCCACCAGCCCCAGACGUGUCCGUACCGGAGGGUUCAGACACACAGCCUGCAGUAGGAGAUCUGAACGAAAAGACAAUUUUACCAACGUCAGAGGAAGAGGAUACUCACUCCAAAUGCCUGAGGGAGCAAUUCAAAAGGCGAGUGGCCUUGACAGGAGUAUCAGAGGCUUCCUGGACAGACGAAAAUAAUAGUGCCUUGGACAAGUUCAGCGCAGAUGCUACAAUCAAGCUUCUCGUCGUCUACCUCGACCCUUUCUCUGGCCUGUGUGUUCAGUACACCAUGCCGAGCCAGGUGGUGGAGCAGCUGGCCUACUUCAUACGCAAGGAAGACUCUGUGAUUACGGAGGAGACUUUUGUGAGCUGUGUGCAGUUCGGAACAACACGGGGAGGGGGUAUAGAGAGCCUGCUGAGGCUAAUGAACGGGAUUCAUGCACCACUGGUCACUCAAAGUACAGACUGGCCAGAGAACGUCAAGAACAAUUAUAUAGCUCACAUGCACCGCUUCGUCACCAACCUCACAGAUGCAAGGUUUAGGCCUAUGAGGAAAACAGUGCUUUAUAUACCUGUGGAAGCCCUACAACACAGCCCAGAGGAGGCUGCCAGAGACAAAGAGCUGGUGAAGAGGCUAGAGGUGGUGAUGAUCCACUGGACACGGCAGAUAAUGGACGUGGUGAACGUGCAGGUGGCAGUGGAUGCCGGAGACAGCACCGGUCUUCUGGAUGAGCUCACUUUCUGGAUGAACCGCUGUGUUGAUCUGUCUGGCAUCAGCCAACAACUCGAGAAGCCAGGAGUGUGUCAUAUUCAAGCCAUCCUGCAACUCUCUAUGUCUUCUUAUGUGCAGCCAUACUGCGAACUAGCCAGAGAAAUUCAGAACGGCGUCCUACAGGCGCAGUCUAACCUGUCUUUCCUGUCCCUGCUGAAAGAGCCAUGUGAGGAACUUUCCCAGCUCAAACCUCGCCAGAUAGCAGGCAAACUGGGUCAUAUCCUCAAACUUAUUCGCUUCAUCUGGGUGAACUCACCUCACUACAACAUUACUGAGAGGAUCACUGUGCUCUUAAUCAAGAUGAGUAAUGAGAUCAUCCGGUGGUAGCAAGAAAUUUCGCUGGAAAGGAUCUUUCAGGGCUAUGCGAGUUCCAGCAAAGAGAUACUCAACGACUGUAUUUUCUGCUGUCAGUCCUGGCAGAAGCGCUACGAACUGACCUCUCAGCUUUAUGACAUCAAUUCUCAAGAAUUGGUGCUCAGCCAGAAAAACCUCUUCUCACUGCUGCAUGGCUUCAUACAGAGAUGUACACACCUGCUUGAGGUGUGUGACUGUCAGCUGCAGUUUGCACGUCGUGACGAGGGUGUACAGCUGCCAUUGCCGUGCUUUGCGGGACAUCAGGGGCCAGAGAUUACCAGAAAACUGCUGCAUAUUGAAGCUAUGUUUGACAAGAUUCUGCAGAACUUGUAUUCUGGGAGUGAGGCCAUGUUCGACCUCAAAAAUACCACUUGGACUGAUUCCUACACCAGAUUUCGAUCAGCAGUGAAGGAACUUGAUUCGAUGAUGCAGAACCUGAUCAACUCAGCUUUUCUGACUGUUAGAACAGUGGAAAGUGGAGUUCACCUGCUGAACAUCUUCUAUCACUUUUCUACACGAGAGGCCAUUAGGCAGACUUUAGACAAACAGGCAAAGGAGGUGUACAGUCUGUUCAAUAAGGAUCUGGUGCUCGUGAAAAAAAAGCUGGGCCAAGAGGAAGUCUGCACUUCUGCACAUAUGCCUCAGUAUGCUGGCCAGGCUUACUGGGCCCUAGCCAUGCGCCACCGUAUAGACAGGCAAAUGGAGGACCUGCAUUGUGCCUCAUUCAAGCCACAGGGUCAAAUUUGGCAGAAAGUACAUGAGUUUUAUAAGCAGCUGACACACACAAUGGAUGAAAGGAUCAGGAGGCUGUUUAGUGAGUGGAGCCAGAGUCUGGAUCAACAUAACCUCAAGGGACUGGACCAGCCUCUUCUGACCCAUUGCAAGGAGAAAACAGGCAUGCUGGAUAUCAAUUUCAACAAGAGCAUUCUGAAGAUGUUAAAUGAGAUUCAAUACUGGGAGCGGCUGAAGUUCGAGGUCCCACACUUUGUGUCUGAGCUCUUUCAGCGCAGGGAGGAUCUGCAUAUCUUGAGGGAGAAUGUCCUACUUCUGGUCAAAGACUACAAUAGGAUCAUUGCAACCCUUUCUCCUGAGACACUGGGCUUAUUUCAGGAGCGUAUUCAAUUCUUAGAUAAGAAGAUACAGCCAGGCAUGUCCAAACUGACGUGGUCCUCUAAAGAACCAAUCAGCAUCUUUAUCAGCGACUGCAGACUUCAUGCCAACAAGGUCCAAUUACUAGUAGCUGAGUAUAAGGCUGCACAGUUGGCCAUCACUCAGCGCUGUAAAGAGAUAAGUGAGCUCUUGCUGGUGCAUGUGGACGGCAAGACAGUGUACAGCGAUCUGGAGUUUGAGAAGGUCCAAGUGGAACAUCAGCAAAGCCAGCUGCGCCGACUCCAAACUGCAUACAAAGACAUUGUGGACAUCAUGAGCAAGAUCUACGAGACGUUUCGCAACGAUGGGCCAAAUGUGCAGCAACAUUGGGUGACCUACACCGACAAGAUGGACCUUAUGGUAGAAGAGGCUUUGCGUCUGAACGUUAAGUGCUCCUUACAGGCACUUUCUAAAGCAAUAAAUGGAGACAGCAAGACUUCCCCCAACCCUCUGUUCAGACUACAGGUGGUUCUGCAGCAAGAUACAUCCGGGUCUAGUGAACAGGUGGACUUCUCCCCAACUCUGCCAAAGCUGGCUCAGACAGUAAACAGCAUCGGCUCUCAGCUCUUCAACACGGUUUCGGGCUUCAAGCGGUUGCCUGACCUCCUCACACGCACGCGCUCCCAAAGAAAACCUACCCACCUCAUAAUUGAGCAGGAUGAAGAGAUCUGUAAGAUUCAAACUGCAAUAGCUGCAGGUAUGACUGUAAAUGCUACACACCUGCAGGCCUAUCUGAAGAACUGGCACAAGCAUCGUGAGAUCUGGGAGAUCAAGAAAGACCCCUUCAUUCAACGAUAUGAAAACCUCAACCCUUCCGUGUCAACUUUCGAUUCUGACAUAGCAAGGUACGCAGAGGUGGCAAAUAACGUGCAGAAGGAGGAAACUGCGCUGAGUGUGCAGUUUGUGUUGCUGGACUGCUCCCCACUGAAGUUCUCUCUGUUGCAGCACUGUAAUGAGUGGCAGAACAAAUUUACCCAGCUACUCAGCCUCACGGCUAUCACCAGCCUCAAAGAGCUGCACUGCUACCUUCAAGACAGUGCACAAAGGCUCUCCAAGGCUCCUCAGACUCUGGAUGAGCUGGUGGACGGUCUGAAGUUGCUGGAGACCUUGCGUGAGGAUUUAAGUAAAACAGAGAGCAAGAUUCAUCCCAUUCAAGAUCAGUUUGCUGUCUUGGAGAAAUACGAGGUCCCGGUGGAACCUGAAAUUCAGCAGAUGUUGGAUGGUGUAAAUGGUAAAUGGGAGUGGUUCCAGCAGGUUCUCACUGACAGUGAAGUCAUGUUGAAUGAGCAUAAGGAAAAGUUCAAGAGCAAUUUUAUAAUUUCUGCUGGGGACUUCAAAAAAAAGACACAGUCUAUUGUUCAAGAUUUUAAGAAGACAGGUCCGUUUGGCAGUAAUGCAAGCUCAGGAGAAGCCCUUGAAUAUGUCUCAUCACUGAAAGCCCAGCUGGAAUCUUUGAAGAAAGAAGAAAGCACAAUAUGCCGUGGCCUUGGCGUCUUUUUGAUCGAUCAACCCGCUUCCAAAGACAUACAGAGCUUGGAAAAGGAUCUAGAUGACCUGCAGCAGGUGUGGGAAAUCACUGACCAAUGGGAAACCCAUUGGAAUGAAUGGAAGUCUGAACAGUUCGAUACUCUUCAGACUGAAAAUAUGGAAAUCACAGCUCAAACCAUGCUUAAGAAACUCCACAUGCUUAGUAGAGACCUUAAGGAUAAACAAUGGGACAUCCUGGAGUUCUCCAAGAACAAGAUCGAGCAAUUCAAAAGAACCAUUCCGCUCAUCUUAGACCUGAAAAAUCCAGCUAUGAGAGAGAGGCAUUGGUGUCAGAUUAAGCACGAAGUGCAGCGCUCCUUUGACCAGAACAGUACAGAGUUCACGCUGGAAGAGAUUGUGGCACUCGGUUUGGAUCAACAUGCUGAGCGCGUUUGCGAGAUCUCUGGAGCUGCCAGCAAAGAGCUUUCCAUAGAACAGUCACUUGAUGGAAUCACUAAGACCUGGGAGGAGUUCUCCCUGGACAUCGCUCCCCACAAAGACAAAGGUCACCAUAGAUUAAGAGGGACAGAGGAGCUGUUCCAGGUGCUGGAGGACAACCAGGUGACUUUGUCCACAAUGAAAGCCACACGCUUUGUCAGGGCUUUUGAAAAAGAGGUGGACCGCUGGGAGCGCUGUUUGUCUCUCGUACUGGAGGUCGUAGAGAUGAUACUUACAGUCCAGAGACAAUGGAUGUACCUGGAGAACAUCUUUUUGGGAGAAGACAUUCGUAAGCAACUGCCACGUGAGUCCGCCGAGUUCGACGUGAUCAACUCCGUCUGGAAGGACAUCAUGGACCGACUAAACAAGGACAAGAACGUGCUGAGAGGAACGCAGCUCCAAGGAUUGCCUGAGAAGCUGUCUGAGAUGAACAGCAAGCUGGAGGAAAUUCAAAAGUCUUUAGAUAUGUAUCUGGAGACCAAACGACAGAUCUUUCCACGAUUCUUCUUUCUGUCCAACGAUGACCUGCUUGAGAUACUGGGCCAGUCACGCAAUCCAGACGCAGUGCAGCCUCACCUCAAAAAGUGCUUCGACAAUAUCAAGAGCCUGCGCAUUAACAAGAUGGGAAUCGGCGGUAGGAAGACUGAGGCUGGUGGGAUGUUCUCUGCUGAUGGGGAGUUUGUGGAGUUCCCUCAACCUGUUCUUCUAGAGGGGCCAGUGGAGGCAUGGUUGUGUGAUAUUGAGCGAACCAUGCGCUGGACUCUAAAGGAUUGUUUGAAGAACUGCUGUAUGGCUCUUAAAAAGAUGAUUGGAAAAAGAGACAAGUGGGUUAAAGAUUGGCCCGGACAAAUGCUGAUAACAGCCAGCCAGAUCCAGUGGACCACAGAUGCCACCAAAUCUCUGAUUGCAGGCAAAGAGAAGGCCGACAAAUCUGCACUAAAAUCCAUGAAAAAGAAACAGGUGUCCAUGCUUAAUCGCUACUCUGAGGCAAUAAGAGGAAACCUCUCUAAAAUCAUGCGACUCAAAAUUGUGGCACUGGUUACAGUAGAAGUUCAUGCCCGUGACGUCAUUGAUAAAUUGGUUAAAGCGGGAUGCUGCGAUGUAAACGCGUUCGACUGGCUUUGUCAACUCCGCCUCUACUGGGAUAAGGAUAUCGAGGACUGCAUCAUCAAACAGACCAAUACACAAUUCCAGUACGGUUAUGAGUACCUGGGCAACUCAGGCCGCUUAGUGAUCACCCCUCUGACCGAUAGGUGUUAUAUGACCCUGACCACAGCCUUACAUCUGCACCGUGGGGGAUCUCCUAAAGGUCCUGCAGGCACAGGAAAGACUGAGACGGUAAAAGAUCUGGGCAAAGCUCUGGGCAUGUAUGUCAUCGUGGUCAACUGUUCGGAUGGUCUGGAUUUCAAAUCCAUGGGGCGCAUGUAUUCUGGUCUUGCUCAGACAGGGGCUUGGGGUUGUUUCGAUGAGUUUAACCGCAUUAAUAUUGAGGUGCUGUCAGUAGUGGCACAGCAGAUCCUGUCCAUCCUCUCAGCGUUGUCUGCAGGAGCCACUAAUUUCACCUUUGAGGGCAGGGAGAUUCGCUUGGUCUGGUCCUGUGGCAUUUUCAUCACUAUGAAUCCUGGUUAUGCUGGUCGUACUGAACUGCCUGAUAAUCUGAAGUCCAUGUUCAGGCCGAUCUCUAUGGUGGUGCCUGACUCGACUCUGAUUGCAGAGAUCACACUGUUUGGAGAAGGUUUCAAUAACUGCAAGGUGUUAGCUAAGAAAGUGUUCACACUCUACAGUCUGGCAGUGCAGCAGCUGUCUAAGCAGGAUCACUACGAUUUUGGCCUGCGUGCACUCACCUCUCUGCUCCGCUACGCUGGGAAGAAGCGCAGAACCUGUCCUGAUGUUGCAGAUGAAGAGAUCCUGCUUAUGUCUAUGAAGGACAUGAACAUUGCUAAACUGACCUCGGUUGACCUCCCACUGUUUAAUGGAAUAAUCCAGGAUCUGUUUCCUGCUGUGGAGAUGCCCACAAUCAACUAUGGGAAGCUGAGAGAGACUAUAGAAGCAGAGCUUCUAAGGAGCGGCCUGCAGGUCUCUCCCUUCACCCUGACUAAAGUCAUUCAGCUGUACGAAACCAAGAACUCGCGCCACUCCUCCAUGAUCGUAGGCAAGACGGGCAGUGGCAAAAGCGUCACCUGGAGGACCUUGCAGAACACCCUGAGCACUAUGCACCGGAAAGGCGAACCUGGCUUCAACCUCGUCCGCGAUUGUCCUCUGAACCCCAAAGCAGUGAGUCUUGGAGAACUCUAUGGCGAAUAUGACCUCUCCACCAAUGAGUGGACCGACGGCGUUCUCUCAUCCCUUAUGAGAGCUGCAUGUGCAGACGAGAAGCCGGAUGAGAAAUGGAUCGUAUUUGACGGUCCAGUGGAUACUUUAUGGAUCGAAAGCAUGAACUCAGUGAUGGACGACAAUAAAGUCCUCACACUUAUUAACGGAGAGAGAAUUUCCAUGCCCGAACAGGUGUCCUUGUUGUUUGAGGUGGAGGAUCUGGCAGUAGCAUCUCCAGCAACAGUGUCACGCUGUGGAAUGGUGUAUAAUGAUUACACAGACCUUGGAUGGCAACCCUAUGUUCAGUCUUGGAUAGACAAGCGGCAGAAGGUAGAGGCAGAUCAUCUGAAGCGCCUGUUUGACAGAUACAUUGAAAAGACUAUAAGCUUCAGGAAGACUUACUGUAAGGAGCUGGUACCGAUCACAGAGCUAAACGGAGUUGCCUCUCUCUGCAGACUCUAUGACUCCUUGGCCAGUCCUGAAAAUGGGCUGAACCCAGCUGACAGCGAGAACUAUGGACGCAUAAUAGAGCUUUGGUUUGUCUUCUGCUUGAUCUGGUCCAUUUGUGCAUCGGUGGACGAGGAUGGACGUAAGAAAAUGGAUAACUUCCUACGAGAGAUGGAGGGCACCUUUCCUAACAAGGACACUGUCUAUGAAUACUACGUUGACACUAAGAGCAAAACGUGGUCAUCAUUUGGGGAAAAGCUGCCCAAAGGUUGGCGUUAUAACUCCAAUGCUCCAUUUAAUAAGAUCAUGGUUCCCACUGUGGACACGGUGCGAUAUAAUUUCCUGGUGAACGCUCUAAUUUGUGGCCAGUACCCAGUGUUGCUGACGGGUCCUGUGGGAACAGGAAAGACCUCAGUGGCCCAGAGCGUACUACAAGGCCUGGAUUCAUCCAAAUGGACCAUGCUUACAAUCAAUAUGUCCUCUCAGACCACCUCGAACAACGUGCAGGCAAUCAUAGAAUCCCGAGUGGAGAAACGCACUAAAGGGGUGUAUGUACCUAUCGGAGGGAAGAAGAUGGUGGCUUUCCUGGAUGAUCUAAACAUGCCAGCAGUGGACGACUUCGGUUCUCAGGCUCCUCUGGAGUUGCUUCGACUUUGGAUUGACUAUGGCUUCUGGUACGACAGGCAGAAACAGAUGCAAAAAUGUGUCAAGGACAUGUUUCUGCUUUCCUCCAUGGGGCCUCCUGGUGGAGGGAGGACUCACAUCUCAGGCCGCCUGCAGAGCCGCUUCAAUCUCAUCAACAUGACAUUCCCGGCGGAGUCUCAGAUCAAGCGUAUCUAUGGAACAAUGAUAAACCAGAAACUGCAGGAGUUUGAUGAAGAGGUUAAGCCUAUAGGAAAUAUAUUGACUCAAGCUACAUUAGAGUUGUACUAUGCCAUCACUACUCGCUUUUUACCCACUCCUGCUAAAACACAUUACCUCUUCAACCUCAGAGACAUCUCCAAGGUAUUCCAAGGUCUACUACGUUCUCAUAGGGACUUUCAUGACACCAAACAGAGCAUCACACGCCUUUGGAUUCACGAGUGCUUUAGGGUGUUUUCAGAUCGGCUGGUGGAUCAAGCAGAUAUGGAGGCAUUUGUUGGGGUUUUGACCGAGAAACUGGGCUCCUUGUUUGAUCUCACUUACCACAGUAUCUGUCCCAACAAACAACCACCUAUAUUUGGAGAUUUUCUGAAGGAGCCGCGUGUGUAUGAGGAUUUGCUGGACUUUAAAGCUCUGAAAAGAUUUAUAGAGUCUCAACUGGAGGACUAUAACCUCACCCCCGGAGUUGUUCCAAUGAAUCUGGUGCUAUUUAGAGAUGCAAUUGAGCAUGUGACAAGGGUGAUACGUGUGAUCAGUCAGCCAAGAGGAAAUAUGCUUUUGGUGGGAAUUGGAGGAUCUGGUAGGCAGAGUCUCACCAAACUGGCCACUUAUAUCUGUGACUACUUGUUGUUUCGCGUUGAAGUCACCAAGCAGUACCGUAAGCAGGAGUUCAGAGAGGACAUUAAGAAGCUGUACAGGCUUACUGGCGUGGACAACAAGCCCGCUGUUUUCCUGUUUAAUGACACUCAGAUUGUGGACGAGUCCUUUUUAGAGGACAUCAACAACAUCCUCAGUUCUGGAGAAGUGCCCAACCUGUACAAACCGGAUGAAUUCGAGGAGAUCCAGAGUGCUCUUAGUGAAUCUGCAAGCAAGGACAAUGUGUCUGAGACUCCAGACGCCAUGUUCAACUACCUGAUAGAGCGUGUGAGAAACAACCUCCACAUAGUGCUGUGCAUGAGUCCUGUCGGAGACGCUUUCAGGAAUCGCAUUCGUCAAUACCCAGCAUUAGUAAACUGCACUACUAUAGACUGGUUCUCUGACUGGCCACAAGAUGCUUUAUUAGAUGUGGCUGAGAGAUAUUUGGAUGGGCUCACCUUGGGGAAUGAAGAAGUGAUCCAGAAGAAAGUCUCUUGUAUCUUUGUGACCAUGCACCAGUCAGUAGUGCAGUAUUCUCAGAGGAUGAAGCUGGAGCUCAGGAGGCACAACUAUGUCACACCCACCAACUACCUUGAACUUGUGUCCGGAUAUAAAAAGUUGUUGGCUGAGAAGCGCAGCGAGUUCGGUGAGCAGGUGUCUAAACUGAGGAACGGUUUGUUUAAGAUUGAUGAGACUCGUAGUAAAGUGGAGGCCAUGUCGGUUGAACUGGAAGACGCCAAGAAAAGAGUGGCCGAGUUCCAGGAGCAGUGCGAGGAAUACCUGGUUGUUAUUGUACAACAGAAGAGAGAAGCAGAUGAACAGCAAAAGGCUGUUAGUGCUCACAGUGAGAAGAUUGCAGCAGAAGAGAUAAAGUGCAAGGCGAUGGCCGAUAACGCUCAGAGAGAUCUCGAUGAAGCCCUACCUGCUCUAGAGGAGGCCAUGAAGGCCUUGGAGUCCCUGAACAAAAAGGAUAUGACUGAGAUCAAGUCUUACGGUCGACCCCCAGCAUUGGUAGAGACCGUGAUGCAGGCAGUCAUGAUUUUGAUGGGAUGUGAACCCACGUGGGCUGAGGCUAAGAGACAGCUUGGUGAAGCCAAUUUCAUUAAACAACUAGUGCACUUUGACAAGGAUAACAUAUCAGACCGCGUGCUGAAGAAGAUCGGCCAGUACUGCACACAGCCUGACUUCCAACCUGAUAUUAUUGGCAGAGUCUCUCUGGCAGCCAAAUCUCUCUGCAUGUGGGUCAGAGCCAUGGAGGUAUAUGGCCGCGUCUACCGGGUGGUGGAGCCGAAGCGCGAAAGGCUGCAUGGAGCCAUGACUCAGUUGGCAGAGAAACAGACUUCACUGGCUGAGGCCCAGACCAAACUCCGAGAGGUCAGUGCAAAACUGGACCAGUUACAGAAACACUAUGGUGAGAAGCUGAGUCAAAAGGAAGAGUUGAGGAAAAAGUCAGAAGACAUGGAGCUCAAAUUGGAUCGAGCUGGCAAACUGGUUUCUGGGCUGGCUGGAGAGAGAGUACGCUGGGAAAAGACUGUAGAGGACCUGGAGAAGGACAUGAGUUAUCUAGUAGGAGACUGUCUACUGGCUGCUGCAUUUCUUUCAUACAUGGGUCCGUUCCUGUCCAACUACAGAGAAGAGCUACUUACAAACAUCUGGACAAAAAAGUUCAAGGAGUUGGAAGUUCCCUGUUCUCCAGGCUUCAGUUUUGCCGAUUUCCUCUCCAAAGCCACAUCCGUGCGUGACUGGAACAUCCAGGGUCUUCCCUCCGAUGCGUUCUCCACUGAGAACGGAGUAAUCGUCACCCGCAGCAACCGAUGGCCAUUAAUGGUGGACCCUCAAGGACAAGCUCUGAAGUGGAUUAAGAACAUGGAGUCUAAAAGAGGGUUAAAGCUGAUAGACCUGCAGAUGCAUGAUUUCUUGCGUGUUUUGGAGAACGCAGUGCAGUUUGGCUCCCCAGUUCUUCUGCAGAAUGUAAAGGAGGAUCUAGAUCCUUCACUGGCACCCAUACUUAACAAAUCCCUCACCCGUGUUGGUGGGAGGCUCUUGAUGAAACUGGGAGAUAAAGAGGUCGAGUACAACCCAGAGUUCCGUUUCUACAUCACCACCAAAUUGUCCAAUCCACAUUAUACCCCCGAGAUUUCCACCAAAACUACCAUUGUUAACUUUGCUGUGAAGGAACAGGGUCUGGAGGCUCAGCUGUUGGGUAUAGUGGUGCGUAAGGAGCGUCCUGAGCUAGAGGAACAGAAAGACUCUUUGGUUAUUAACAUUGCCUCAGGCAAGAGGAAACUACAGGAACUAGAGGAUGAGAUUCUUCGCUUGUUGAAUGAAGCAACUGGCUCUCUGCUGGAUGAUGUGCAGCUGGUGAACACACUGCAAACCUCCAAAGUCACAGCCACAGAGGUGUCAGAACAACUGCAGACCAGCGAACAGACUGAGAUCAAAAUCGAUACUGCCAGAGAGGUGUAUCGCCCCUGUGCUCAGCGUGCCUCCAUCUUGUUCUUUGUGCUGAAUGAUAUGGGCCGUAUAGACCCCAUGUACCAGUUUUCUCUGGAUGCCUACAUCAGCCUGUUCAGCCUGAGCAUCGAAAAGAGCCUUCGCAGCCACAACCUGGAGGAGAGGAUUGCCAAACUCAAUGACUACCACACCUAUGCAGUUUACAGGUACACUUGUCGGGGCCUGUUUGAGUGUCACAAGCUCUUGUUCAGCUUCCACAUGUGUGCAAAGAUUCUGGAAGUGGCUGGCAAGCUCAACAUGGACGAGUACAGUUUCUUCCUCAGAGGAGGGCUGGUUCUGGAUAAGGAAAGUCAGAUGGAUAACCCAUGCUCAAGUUGGCUCCCUGACUCUAAUUGGGACAACAUUACUGAGCUGGACAAGCUAACUAAUUUCCAUGGGCUUAUGACCUCGUUUGAGCAGUACCCACGGGAUUGGAACUUAUGGUACACCAGCUCAGAGCCAGAAAACACACGUCUACCUGGGGAGUGGGAGAACGGGUGUAAUGAGUUGCAGAGGAUGUUGAUAGUGCGGUCCCUAAGACAGGACCGCGUCUCAUUCUGCGUGACUUCCUUCAUCAUCAACAACCUGGGCUCUCGCUUUGUAGAACCGCCAGUGCUGGACAUGAAGGCAGUGGUCGAGGAUUCCACAACUAAGACGCCACUGAUCUUUGUGCUGUCCCCCGGUGUGGAUCCCACUGCUGCCCUGGUGCAGCUGGCAGAGGCAUCAGGCAUGAGCCAACACUUCCAUGCCCUCUCUCUGGGACAGGGACAGGCUCCAAUCGCCACCCGCAUGAUUAAAGAGGGAGUUAAGAAUGGACAAUGGGUAUUCCUGGCUAAUUGCCACCUGUCUCUAUCAUGGAUGCCUCAGCUGGAUAAGCUGGUGGAGCAGCUACAAGUCGAAGAUCCUCACCCAGACUUCCGACUGUGGCUCAGCUCCUCCCCUCACCCAGACUUCCCCAUCGCAAUACUUCAGGCCGGCAUCAAAAUGACUACCGAACCUCCCAAGGGAGUGAAAUCGAAUAUGAAACGGCUAUACCAGCUGGUGACAGAGUCUCAGUUUUCACGCAGCACGCAGCCCAGCAUCUACCGCAAGUUGCUCUUUGCCCUCUGUUUCUUGCACAGCGUCCUGCUGGAGCGCAGGAAGUUUCUCCAGCUUGGCUGGAACAUCGUCUACAGCUUCAAUGACUCUGACUUUGAGGUGAGUGAAAACUUAAUGAGUCUGUAUUUGGAUGAGUACGAGGAAAUUCCCUGGGACGCUCUGAAGUACCUCAUCGCCGGCGUCAACUACGGAGGUCACGUCACAGACGAGUGGGACCGCCGUCUGCUAUCCACAUACAUCAACGAUUACUUCUGUGAAGGCACUGUCAGCACUCCUUUCUUUAAACUGUCGUCCUUGCCUACUUAUUACAUCCCCCGUGACGGGCCUCGGGCUGUGUAUUGGGAGUAUAUCAACCUACUCCCAGCAGUGGAGCAUCCGGAGACGUUUGGCCAGCACCCAAAUGCAGACAUUGCCAGCCAGAUCUCUGAAACACGCACACUCUUUGACACACUCAUUUCACUCCAGCCUCAGGUCACCAGCACAGCAGCCACUGGAGCAGGACCCAGCCGUGAGGACAAGGUAUUAGAACUCUCAGCUGAUGUGCGUCAGAAGAUCCCAGCAGAACUGGAUUAUGAAGGGACAAGAAAACUGUUACAGGAGGAUCCCUCACCACUUAAUGUCGUACUGCUGCAGGAGAUACACAGAUACAACACUCUGCUGCACACCAUCAGAACAUCAUUGACUGAGCUGGAGAAAGGCAUUAAAGGUCUGGUUGUGAUGUCCAGUCAUUUGGAAGAGAUGUUUCAGUUCAUUCAUGAUGCCCGUGUUCCUCCCCUGUGGGAAAAGGCAUACCCAUCUCUGAAACCCUUGGCGUCAUGGACAAGGGACCUGUGCCAGCGGGUCGAGCAGUUUACUCGCUGGGCGGACACAGCACAUCCUCCUAUUCUCUUCUGGCUCUCAGGCUUCACCUUCCCCACAGGCUUUCUCACAGCAGUACUUCAAUCCUCCGCACGGCAGAAUAACGUAUCUGUGGACACGCUGUCUUGGGAGUUCACUGUCUCUACAGUAGAUGACAACAACCUGCUCUUCCCACCUAAAGAUGGUGUGUUUAUUCGAGGUCUGUAUCUAGAAGGAGCUGGUUGGGAUAAAAAGAACUCGUGUCUGGUGGAGGCAGAGCCCAUGCAGCUGGUUUGCCCCAUACCCACCAUCCAUUUCAAACCAGUGGAGAACCGCAAAAAAAACGCCAAGGGAAUGUACUCUUGCCCCUGCUACUACUACCCUGUGCGUUCAGGAGGAGCCGGACGACCUUCAUUUGUAGUGGCAGUGGAUCUCAGAUCAGGAGCCGCACCGUAUGAUCACUGGGUCAAGAGGGGAACGGCGUUACUGAUGAGUUUGGACACCUAGACAGCACACACAUAGUACAACACUACUUUUCUGGGUGUUAGAUACAUUUAUUUAAAUAAAUCAUUGUUGGAUAUUUUGACAAUAUUUUUGUAGGGUCAUUUAAUACAUUUCUAUAAUAAACGAAAUGAAAAAAAUGUGUCAAAUUAAACUUGAAUUCACAUAGAA